CCUCUCUCUUCUCUCUCUUUCUCUCUCUCUAAAAACCAGCACCAUUGAUACCAAUGCAGAUAAGCAGACACUUUGAUCUUCUGUACGCACCUCUAUAAUCCUCAUUAUAUUACAAAAUACACGCAGUCACGUAUUAUAAGUUCAUUUAGAGAAACACAUACUUAUAUAUAUAUAGGUAGACUUGCCGGCGAUGGCUGGCGCAGAGUUCUUCUUCUUGUUGUUGGUUGCGGCGGCGAUGGCCGCGAUGGUGUACGGAGGCGGAGGUUUUGGAUUUCCAUCGAGUGUGCUUACAUUGGAGAGAGCUUUUCCGGUGAAUAUGAGAGUGGAGGUGGAGGCGCUCAAAGCUCGGGACAGAGCGAGGCACGCGCGUCUCUUGCAAAGAGUUGUCGGUGGUAUUGUUGAUUUUCCGGUUGUUGGUACUUCCGAUCCUUACCUGGUCGGGCUUUAUUUUACAAAAGUGAAAUUGGGGUCUCCACCAAGAGAAUUCAAUGUGCAGAUUGAUACUGGCAGUGACAUCUUGUGGGUUACAUGCAGUUCCUGCAAUGAUUGCCCUCAAUCAAGUGGACUCGGAAUUCAGCUCAAUUUCUUUGAUUCUGCAAGCUCAUCAACUGCUUCCCUGGUUUCCUGUUCAGACGCAAUAUGCUCAUCUGCAAUUCAAACUGCAUCAGCUGAAUGCUCUUCUCAGAGCAACCAGUGUGGUUACUCGUUCCAGUAUGGAGAUGGAAGUGGGACAUCUGGCCAUUAUGUAUCCGAUUUGCUGUAUUUUGACUCAAUUUUUGGAGAAUAUUCCAUCGCCAACUCUUCAGCUUCAAUUAUUUUUGGGUGUAGCACCUAUCAGUCUGGGGACUUGACUAAAACAGAUCGAGCAAUUGACGGGAUUUUUGGGUUUGGCCAACAAGAUCUGUCUGUUAUAUCACAAUUGUCAUCGAAAGGAAUUACUCCAAGGGUGUUCUCCCAUUGCUUGAAAGGAGAGGGCAAUGGUGGUGGUAUUCUAGUUCUUGGUGAGAUUUUGGAUCCGAGCAUCGUUUAUAGUCCACUUGUUCCAUCACAGCCUCAUUACAAUUUGUAUCUACAGAGCAUUGCUGUUAAUGGGCAGUUGGUACCCAUUGAUCCAGCAGUGUUUGCAACAUCAAGCAACCGAGGAACAAUCAUUGAUUCGGGAACAACUUUGGCAUACCUUGUGGAAGAAGCUUAUGAUCCAUUUGUCAGUGCUGUUACUUCCACUGUUUCCCAAUCUGUGACACCCAUCCUUUCAAAAGGAAACCAGUGUUACCUUGUCACGAGCAGUAUAGCCGAGAUGUUUCCUCCAGUUGCUUUGGACUUUGCGGAUGGUGCAUCGAUGGUUCUAAAACCAACAGACUACCUUAUACAUUUGGGUUUUGUCGAUGGUGCUGCUAUGUGGUGCAUCGGCUUUCAGAAAGUUCAGGGCCCAGGGAUAACAAUUUUAGGCGAUCUUGUUCUCAAAGAUAAGAUCUUCGUUUAUGAUUUAGCUCAUCAACGGAUUGGAUGGGCGAACUAUGAUUGUUCUUUGUCUGUAAAUGUCUCCUUAACUUCUGGUAAGGAUGAAUUCAUCAAUGCUGGACAGAUGAGUGUGAGCAGAUCAUCAAACCAUAGGCUUUUCGAGCUGAAACCUAAAAGCACUCAUGCUCUCCUUUUGCAAAUAAUAAUGUCCAUUGGACUUCUAUUUUUAUAUCGUGGUCCUUGGCUUCAAAACCCCAUUAUUUGUUUGAUGUGCGUCGGCUGAUUUUUACAUAGAUCAAGCAGCAGGCUAUUGUUCUAUUCAGACUCCUAGAGUAGCAAUCUUCUGUGCCUAUAUAUCUGGUCAUUCUGAUUGCUGGUAAACCUGGCCCUCACCUCUCCUAUUCUUCUUAACCUGACUAGACAUUUAGCUUUCGCCUCAGACAAGGUCCUUCAUCUUGAGCGUUGCCAACACUAUAAAUUAUCUCCUUAUUUGAGGGCGCACAUUGGAAGCGAAAACAGGAUUCAAGGUACUCUCUAGAUUAUAUCACAUGCGGAGCGUACGGUCCGCGCUUAUGUGGUCUAUGUAUACUAAGCAUCUCUUUAACCGCGAAAAUGGAGAAUUGUGGUUAGGGAGAGGGUCCGAAGGAGCUCGACCGGAAGGAGAGGGAAACCUCUCGAUCCUUAUCUUCGAGGACACCUAAUAAAUGUCAUUAGGAAGUGAGAAAAUAUUGCAUGUAAUAGUGACACAACAUCAUUAAUGUCAUGUGAUAUAACCAAUUAGUGAUAG